ACCCACCCAUGAAGUCAAUUCUGUGAUUGUUUGGCAGAUCUAAAAUGCUGCUCUAAAUCUGCUUUCAUUCGUUAAUUUGUGCACUUCUCGCAAUGAUUUCUCUCUAAAAUUUCAAAACCGUAUAGAAAGAACCCAACUUGAUCACUCAGAGAUAGAAACAGAACGGAGGGUCAAUCGCCACCAUGUCUGAUAUUGCCAAAGAAGCAUGGAGAAAGUAUUUGAUUCAACUUCAAGCCCACCCUCUGAGAACCAAGGCAAUUACAUCUGGGGUGCUGGCUGGGUUUAGUGAUGUAGUGGCUCAAAAGAUUUCUGGGAUCAAGAGGCUUCAACUGAGAAGAUUGCUUCUUAUUAUGCUCUAUGGUUUUGCUUAUGGAGGACCAUUUGGGCACUUCCUUCACAAACUGAUGGAUAAAAUCUUCAAGGGGAAAAAGAACACAAAAACUAUAGCUAAGAAGGUGUUGCUGGAACAACUAAUUUCUUCUCCUUGGAACAACUUCUUUUUCAUGACGUACUAUGGCUUGGUAAUUGAAGGAAGACCAUGGACUUUAGUUAAGAAUAAGGUUCGAAAAGAUUAUCCCACUGUUCAGUUAACCGCAUGGAAGUUUUGGCCCAUAGUUGGUUGGAUAAACUAUCAGUACAUGCCACUGCAGUUCCGAGUUUUGUUCCACAGCUUUGUUGCCUCAUGCUGGGCUAUUUUCCUUAACCUCAAAGCAAGAUCAGCCGUGAUUAAAAGUGCUUAGGCAUAUCUUCAUAUCAUAUUUACUUAAACAACUUGUUUAAUUCAAGCUUGUAUGAUAGGCUUGUCAUUCUAAUGUCAAGAUUCCUGGCCAGAAGCCAAAGUAGGUUUGUUUACUGUGUGUAGGAUUUAUACACUUUAAUUUUCCCUAGCAAACCAUGUAGUAACAUAUUAAAGGCAUCCCUAUCUUUUCCUAACUUGACCCAAGAUUUAAAUUUAUGUUUUGUUGUUCUCUAUAGAAUGGAAUGUUGAAUAUGCAUGUAUGUUAAACUCAUAACAUCCCUUGAGAUGUGUUAUGGUUAUGGCUACCAAUUACUCUUGUUAUGAUUAUUAAAAUUGUUAAUUUUUU